AUGUUCCCUGGUUCCAACGUGUCCAGGGCACUGGCAAGGGCGAACCCCGACUGGAUCAUGGUUGACUGUGAGCACGGCAAUAUAGACGACGCUGCGAUGCAUGAGGCCGUGCCUGCGAUAGCAGCCUGCGGCGUUUCACCGCUCGUCAGAAUACCUGACCUUCAGUCCUGGAUGAUCAAGAGGGCACUGGACUGCGGCGCGCAUGGCAUCCUGGUGCCGCUCAUCCGGACCGUGGAUGAGGUGAAGCAAGUCGUGGCAGCUACGAAGUUCCCACCAGAAGGGCGGCGAGGGUUUGGAUCCGCUCUCGCUAUGCAGAACUUCAGUCCAAUCCCAUCUUUUACCGAGUAUCUCCAGCAGGCCAAUGACGCCAUCCUCACCAUGGUACAGAUCGAGACCAAGGAAGCCCUCGCUGCAGUGGAGGAGAUAGCACCACUGGUUGAUGUUUUGUUCAUUGGUCCAUUUGACCUGGGAAACAACAUCGGAUACCCGAUUAUCGAUGGUGACGUGAAGCCCGAACUCAAGGAAGCGAUUGCGAAGAUUCUCAAGGCUGCCAAGAGUGCUGGGAAGAAAUGCGGAAUGUAUGGUGCCAUAGGGUUCGAUAUGAUCAAUGUUGGGACAGACGUGACCACGCUCGAGUUUGUUAUGAAGCAGUCGAUGGCGGCUGCCCGUGGUGCUGCCGGACCGGAGAAGGGGAAGGGAUACGGGUCAUAG